CAACAUGGCAUAUUGAAGUAUUAAUUGGUAUACUGACCUAAAUGUAGACCAAUUUUAAGCUACAGUAUAUAUGCUAAGAAUGUAUAUAGGAACCACUUCCGCGCGCUGACAGUUAUAGGGGUAGUCCGAAUAAGGGGGAGGUGUCUACAAUAAAUCAAACUUUGGAACUUCAGACAGCGAUGAAAGGUACAAUCUACAAGGCACAAGAUGAAGCAAGCUGCAUUGUUAUUGUUUGUCAUUCUUCACACUCAGCUUUUUACAAUAAAAACAGUUGAAAGUGAAAAUAUUAAUUUGAAAACAGUGAACGAACUUCACCUGUCGGAUGGAAAGCCUGCGUUAGCAUCUAAAUCCUGGUACUAUACAGAGUUUACUGAGCAUGCUCAGCAGGGCAUUAAUCUACAGUGUCACCGCAAUGCUGCCGCCAGAUCCCAGGGAACCAACAUCACAUGGUACAAAGAUGGAUCGAUAAUAACAACCAAUGACAGAGUUAAACUGCGGAAUAAUGAUGAAGAGUUCUUCAUUGGAGACCCUUUACUGAGGGACAAGGGCUGGUACAAUUGCUCCCUCUGGCAUCAAGGGGAGAUUAUUGACAGCUAUGCAAGGGAAAUAACUGUUGAUGAGCAAAUUCACAAGACAGCUGCUAAAGUUGUUGAUGUUGAUCCUGUGGAUAGAGUGAGAUACAUUAAUCUGGGUGACAGUUUCAACAUCAGCUGUACAUUUUAUGUUGGGAUACCCAACCAAAACAACCCUCUGGGUUUUACUUUGGAGAGGUACUGGUAUUUUAAUGGUUCACAAGUUCCAGACACUCAGAAGACAACAUAUGGAAUAGGCACCAGUGAUAACGAGACAGAGACAGUGCUACUCCUCACAGUAAACAAUGCUACGGAGAAGGAUUUAGGAACAUACCAGUGUUUUGGAGCCAAUGCUUUAGGAGGGGACCAUCAGAACAUCACUGUAGAGAUAGCUAAGCCAGCUGAUGAUAACCCCAACCCCAUACCAUUAUGGGCCAUUAUUAGUGUGGCUGCAACGGGCUUUCUUAUUCUCCUUGCCUUAUCAGUCACAGGGAUCGUGAUAGCUAUGAAACGGCGUCAGGAGGAGUUGGAGUGGCCCACACCUGACAUGGAACAUUAUGAUGUCCCGGUCUGUGAGUUGGAGUACGAUGUCUUCAUCUCCUACAGCAGUGAGGACGAGGAUUGGGUGAAGGACGAACUACUGGGGAACCUGGAGAAGGCAGGAUACAGAGUCUACAUCGACUUCAAGGACUUUGUACCAGGAAUGGCAAUUGCUGAAAAUGUACUGGAUGCAGUUUAUAAAAGCAGAAAGACAAUAAUAGUCAUGUCCAAGAACUUUUUGAAGUCUAUGUGGGGGCAGUAUGAAUUACAGCAGGCGCACAACAAGGCCAUUGUCAAGAGAGAUGAUGUGUUGGUUUUGAUCAAAUAUGGGAAGUGUAAGGUACCAGGUAAGCUGAUGGGAAAGACAUUCCUAGACUGGACAGACAGCAGUGUAAAGCCUCACUUCUGGAGUAGGCUGGCAGACUUUCUGGGAAAGCCUGGAAAUUUCCGCGACAGUCUGGAGUCGUCAGAGGAGAAGACAGAGGAUCAUGGGAAGGACGUUAUCACCAAUAAACUGACAAGAAUGACCUCUGACUAUGACAGUGACUUUGUGGACAUGGAGAGUUCUGAUGAUGUGUUCCUGUCGUCUGGUUCAGAGAGAAUGUUGGGGAUACAGAAGCAGAAGAUGCUGACUGAGGACAGUGUGUCGUCUGCUGUUACGCGUAACAGAGUGAGUACAGAGACCAACUCCAGGGUCAGCUGUGAUGAUGAAUUCCAGAGGUUGAUUCCUUAAUUAUGCAAAUUUAUGCAAUAAGAUAUCUGUGAUAGCAUUUCAGAGGUAUUUUUUUUUGUGAUAGACUAAAACUGUGGUGGAGUUCUUUUGAAUUGGUAACAUAGAAUUGUGUAGUUUAUAGAUUAAUUAUCUAGGAGUUAAAGCUUUAAUUGACAAGGAGUAAGAUCAGAUUAAGAUUGGUCAGCUGUCAGUGACAAACUUGUUUGAAAUUAUGGGGAAAGGGAUGUCACAAAAAUAUGAAUAAGAAAGUUUGUGUGUGGUUUUUGCAGCAGGUUUUUACUUAAAUUUUUUUUUUUAAAGAAAACAUUUUCAGUUUUUAAUACAAACAAGAAAUCUAUCUUUUAGAACCCUGGGCGUAUGAUUAUACAGAUUUGUGCUAUAAUUGUUUCACAAAAAGUGUGAAGACAGGUAUACUUGUAUUUUUUUUUUAGAAAAUUGUCAAAGAUCAAACCAUUUUUUUUCUUUGAUUUGGCAUUCCCCACUUUUACAGGUAAAUCAUUCAACCAAUGACUAAAGCAUAAUAUUUUUUACUAAUAAAAGUUAAUACUCCAUUUUUAUGUGAGCAUUUUUUUGAUAGGUUCUUUUUUAGGGGGGAAGGGAAUGUUUGUGUGGAUUUUUGAAAUGUUUAGUGAGAUUUUAUUUAUCUUCCUAUCAGAUUUUCAGAAUGCCAUGUAAGCAGCAUGAGCAAGGACUUAAUUUUGGUAUAAAUAGGAGAGUUGAGAGUGCUAAAAUUUAAUAUUGUCAAUAACUAAAUCAGCAUCAGAAAUAAUAGUCCCCUUUCUUAACAAAAUAACAUGGCUAUAUUGCUUUUUGCUAAAAUUGUGUACUUUCAGGAAAAUGGCAAAAAAUGUUUUUUCUCUACAUUUCCAUUGAUGUGGUUCAUAAAUUUUUGAAAACCUUUUUGAUAGUAAAAUGUAACCUCUGUGAUUGAAUGUUAAAGGACAUUGGUGAUAUUUUUUGUAACAAAUAUUGUCUGAUUAUUUUUCAUUCACUUUAUAUACUGUAUACAGGGAAAUUUUCGCCCCGUUUUAUUUUCGCCCCUUUCACCCUCUUCUUGAUUGGGUGAAUUUAAAAAGAUGCGAAUGCAAAUUACAUGGAAUAAUUUCUUAAACAGAACAAAGACUGGGCGAAUUUAAAAUGAGACAAACUUGUUUGCAAGUGCAAAAUAACACGGGACGAAAAUAACCCUGUAUACAGUAUUUUUACAUAUUUGAUACCUAGAAACAUUCCUUAACCAUGACAUUUUUGACAAUAUAUGAUAUCAUAAGAAUCACUUUGUUCAUUCAUGAAAUGUCAUGCUUGUUUAUUUUUGUCAUGGGCAUUUUAUGUGUUACUGUGUUUUAUAGUUUGUUAAAUGGCAUCACUAUUUUUUAUAGUGACAUGUAGUUUAUUUUUAAAAAAAGGCUUUAUACAUUUAC